AUGAUCAAUUGUGAAAAUGACGGUGAAAUCAUUUCACGAUUGUGGGAAUCAAUAAAAGAACACCUGUGGUCUUGUUUUAAUGCUCUACGUGUACAUAAAGAUCGUUUUAAACCAUUAGGAGAAGAAAAAUAUGAACAAUUAUAUGAAACAUUAAUGGUUGGAUUGAAUGAUUAUGAUGCUCGAGAAGCAUUUUAUGUCGAAUUACAAAAGUGUUAUAAUAAUCGCUUUAAUGCUGCACGAGCAUUUUGUUAUAAAAUUCAACAGAAUAUAGUUAGUUGA